AUGGGGUCAAUCAGCAACGAAAAGAUCGACCUGGCCGAAUAUCUCUUUACAAGACUCCACCAACUCGGCGUCCGAACCGUCCACGGCGUCCCAGGAGACUACAACCUCGUUGCCCUCGACUACCUCCAACCCGCUGGUCUGCACUGGACAGGAAACGCGAACGAGCUGAACGCUGGAUACGCUGCAGACGGAUACGCCCGUAUCAAGGGGAUCUCAGCACUCAUCACAGCCUUUGGCGUCGGAGAGCUCUCAGCCCUCAAUAGCAUCGGGGGUGCGUAUGCCGAGAAAGCCCCAGUCGUGCACAUCGUCGGGACCCCUCCAACAACUGCCCAGAAGAAAGGGCUGAACCUGCAUCACUCGUUUGGAGAUGGGAAUUUCAGGAGGUUUGCGGAAGUAUUCAAGGAGUUUACCUGUGCGCAGGCCAAUCUAGAAGAUCCUACUACUGCACCUGAGCUGAUCGAUAGGACACUCCGGCAAUGCCUACAAGAGAGCCGUCCCAUAUACAUCGAACUACCAACCGAUAUGGUCAAAGCAAAGGUCUCGUCAGCAGGUUUAGACACGAACAUUGACCUCUCCUUCAAACCAAACGACACCAACCUCGAAGACGCCAUCGUCUCCACCCUGCUCAACCGAAUCAACACCGCCAAACGGCCAGCCAUCAUCGUCGACGGAUUCACCCCCCGCUAUAACCUCCUCCCCGAGGCAGACAAACUCAUCCGCACCACCGGCUGGCCGACAUACAUUACACCCUUCGGAAAAGGCUCCGUAAACGAAACCCUCCCCAACUUCCACGGCGUGUACACCGGGCACGUUCAGAUCAACCAGCCCCGUACCCACUGGAUUGCGGAUUCCGACUUGGUCAUCCGAUUUGGACCGCUAGAUGCAGACACAAACACAUUCGGAUUCAGAGCGCUCACGCCCGUCAACAAUACCGUCUCCGUCCAUUGGACCUCGAUCGAUAUCGAUGGGCGAACGGUGCAUGCCGAGACAAAGACUCUUCUGCGCCGCGUGCUGGAGGGUAAUAUACACCGACGACCAGUUUGGUUGGGAUACUUGCCUCUCCCGUGGCUGCGAGAUACUCUUGAUGCUCUGUCUGACCCUAUCCAGGAUGCGGAGAUUGAUCAGAAGACGUUCUGGACCAGGGUAACGGAGUUCCUGCGUCCAAAUGAUAUCGUCAUCGCAGAGACGGGCACGGCCUCUCUCGGUGCGAACGACCUGAUUCUUCCGGCAGGUGUAAAGAUGAUUAACUCUGCGCUGUGGCUGUCCAUUGGAUAUGCACUGGCCGCAGCAGUUGGGGUAUCUCAAGCCCAGAAAGACUUGGCUAUCAACAACAACAACGUGUCCGGCAGAACAAUCCUCUUCGAAGGCGACGGGAGUUUCCAGAUGACCGCACAGGCACUGAGUGAUCUCUUCCGCAAUAGACUCGACUUGAUAAUAUUCCUGAUUAAUAACGACGGGUACACGAUCGAGCGGUAUAUCCACGGGAUGAAGGCGGGGUAUAACGAUGUGCAUCCGUGGAGGUAUCUCGAUGCGCCGAGUUUCUUUGGGGCGCCGGUUGAGGACCCUUCUUAUCCGGUUGUUACAAGGAGGGUGGAGAAUUGGGGGGAAUUGCUGGAUGUACUUGCCGAUGAACAGGUUGCUGCAGGAAAGGGGUUUUGUAUGGUGGAGGUUGUUAUGGGGAGGGAGGAUGCGCCGGAGGAGUUGAAGAGUUUGGUGAAGAUGGCUGCGAAGAGGAAUAGUGGAGAUACUGUUUGA